AAGACUCAGAAGUCACAAUCCAUCUUCAUGGCUUCAAAAUGGCAGAGAUAGGAAUGAAGCCCAGGUCUUCAUGACUCCAAAACCUGUGUUCGUAGGCUCUUUUGACAUGAUACCCCCACCCUGGCCCCUUUUCAAUUGUACCAUGUGAAAAGAUGACAGUGUUUGGGCACCUCCAUUACUAUUAUAAACGUUUAUUAUAGUUUAUAAUAGUAACUUUAUUAGGUUACUCAAUUGGGUCAUUUCAUGUGCUUGUAGGUUUAAAUUUUUACCAAGGAUGUGAAACAUUUUUCCAACUUCACUGAAGGUUCUUUGAAGGAAGGAAUAAUAUCUUGUACUUCCCCUUUUCUCUUAUGAGCCCAUGUGUAUGUCUCUUAUGGUAAAGACAUACACAUAGUGACUAAAUAUUGGUCACUCAUUGUGGGGAGAGGGAAGGCUGCAGGGGUUGGGUUCAGAGAAUAAGGAAAAGGAAUUUGAAUGUACUGAAUGCCAGACACCAUACUUCAAAGACUUUUUUGUUCAACCCUAUUUUAGUGCUUUGUGAUAGGUGCUUUCAUCUUUGGUAGAACAGUUUGUUUCUGGGGCUUGUAAAAAUUGAGUAACUCACCUAAUUUCACACCUUGUAUAAGAGGUAGAACAGAGAUUCUGGCACAUCCUCUUUCUCAGUUAUGCCCAUUCCUGCCACACAUAAUUGGCUUUCUAAUUUUAAGCCAGAUCCACAGUUAAAUCUAAUUCCAAAUGACAGCCCCUUAGAGCAUCUGCUAUUUUUCUUGAUAAUGUGUUCUGGGAAAUUUGAGGUCACUAGCUAGAUCUAAAAGAGAGGGAAUUGCCAAGUUUCAAAAGGGUAAGAACAAUCCUUGGCCACACACCAGUGAAGGAAAGAUCACUUCAUGGAGGAGGAAGGGAAAGGUAGUGCCCCAUGGACAAAAAACUGAACACAGACUGGAUAUAAAGACAGAUGAGCUGGGGAGUGGAGCCACUGCUAGAGAAAGACCCACCCCCGGCAACUGUGGAGGAAGCAGUGCUAUCCCCUACCAAGAUGACGCUGUUGUUGCUGUAUCUGGGGCUGACCCUCGUCUGUGCCCAGGAGGAAGAAAAUAACGCUGUGACAAGCAACUUCGACCUGUCAAAGAUUUCAGGAGAGUGGUAUUCGGUUCUCUUGGCCUCUGACUGCAGGGAAAAGAUAGAAGAAGAUGGAAGCAUGAGAGUUUUUGUCGAACACAUUGAUUACCUGGGGGACUCUUCUCUGACUUUUAAAUUGCGUGAAAUUGAAAAUGGAACAUGUACUGAAAUUAAUUUGGCUUGUAAACCAACAGAAAAGAAUGCCAUAUGUAGGGCUGACUAUAAGGGACACAAUGUCGUUGACAUACUUGAAACGGACUAUGAUAAUUAUAUAUUUUUUUAUAACAAGAAUUUCAAGAAUGGAGAAACAUUCCUACUGCUGGAGCUCUAUGCCCGAACACCGGAUGUGAGCUCACAACUCAAGGGGAGGUUUGUGAAAUAUUGUGAAGAACAUGGGAUUGUUAAGGAAAACAUAUUUGACUUGACUAAAGUUGAUCGCUGUCUCCAGGCCCGAGAUGGGGGAGCAGCCUAGGACUCCAGAACAAGAGACAAUUACUGGUUAACCACUUGGUGAAGAGAGAAGUAGAGUGUCUGGUUGAUUGGAGAGCCGGGCUCUGCAUAUCCGACCUGGUCAGCAGUACCAAGAGCCAUUACCCAGUUGCCCAGAUUCCCACAGCCUAACACAACUACCUUCAUUUCCCCAUGUUCCUGUUAUACCUGAAUUAGCCCUGAGCACAGUUUUCCUCAAAAACCCAAGAACAAUUCCACCUCUAGACUCUUCUCCUUGCAGUUCCCUUUGUCUGAAAUACUCAUCCCCCAGAUGUCUGCACAUUGCACUCCCUCACAACCUUCUGGCCCCUGGGGGUCACCUCACAGAGGGUAGCCCCCAGAACCCCAAGAAUAAAGGAGUACUCUUUCCCCAACCUCCUUGGCUGGUGCCUCAUACUUAUUUGUUGCCUGUACCCACUACCUCUAGAAUGUAAGUGCAACAAAGAAUUUUAUUUGUUCACUGUGGUAUCAGCACCAGAAACAAUACCAAGUGUGACACAGGCACUCAGUGUUUGUUGCUUUAA